AAAUGUUCUCAAGCAGCUGGGGCAUGAAUGAAGUGUAUGCUAUAUAGGAUGCUCGAAUUAUAUAGGAUGAGGACGAAGAAGCAACCAUAUUUCUCUGACUGUGACAUUCACUCUUUGGGAAGCCAUUCGAUUUUUACAGUGUUUCUUAUGCUAUUUAUUUCUUAUUGACCCAUUGUUUAUUAUAUUCCCACCAUUGUCUUGUCGACAUUAUCUGCCAUUAUGUCGGAUACCGCGGAUACCGAAGAUAAUCAGGAUAUGUUACCGAGUUUGGUCCAGCAGAUAGUCCAGCGGAUAACAGCGGGAGAGGUCCCUAUCAAGAAUAUUGAGCGGGAGCUCAUUUGUCCGAUUUGUAAGGAGCUGUUUACGCACCCCCUCAUCUUGCCCUGUCAGCACAGUGUUUGUCACAAGUGUGUGCGAGAGCUGUUGCUGUUGAACCAUGAGGAUUCCUUCGAUGCUGGGUCUGAAUGUUCCCUCCCUGGGAGCCCAGGACCCCGAUCCAGAGUGCCCUCGCCAAGCAUGGAGAGGCUGGAUAGGCUUGCAAGAUCAGGCUCCAUCUCCUCACCAGGAUGGAGACGUGGCUCUGUGACCCCCCGCGUUACCACUUUCCCGUGCCCAGGCUGCCAACACGAUGUGGACCUCGGUGAGCGGGGCAUGAGCAUGCUCUUCCGGAACUUCACCCUGGAGAGCAUCGUGGAGCGCUACCGGCAGGCAGCCCGCGCCGCCGUGGCUAUCAUGUGCAACAUGUGCAAGCCGCCCCAGCAAGAGGCCACCAAGAGCUGCAUGGACUGCAAGGCCAGCUACUGCAACGAGUGCUUCAAGUUCCACCAUCCAUGGGGCACCCCCAAAGCCCAGCACGAGUAUGUGGGGCCCACCAUGAACUUUAGGCCCAAGGUGCUGAUGUGUCCGGAGCACGAGAUGGAGAAGGUCAACAUGUACUGCGAGGUGUGCCGCCGUCCAGUCUGUCACCUGUGCAAGCUGGGAGGCUCCCACGCCAACCACAAAGUCACAUCCAUGAGCAGCGCCUACAAGAUCCUCAAGGAGAAGCUAUCAAAGAGUAUCCAUUACUUAAUCAGCAAAGAGGACCAAGUGAGGACUCAGAUUUCCCACCUGGAGGUGUUGAUCAAUGAAACUGAGGAGAAUGGCCAGGUGGCGGAGUGUGGGGCCUAUGAGCACUUUGAGCGGCUGUUCCAGACCCUCCAGGAGAGGAAGUCUGAGAUGCUGAACUCCAUCGAGCAGUCGAGGACGCGGCGUCUGGAGCAGCUCAGGGGCCAGGUGGAGGAGUACCAGGGCAUGCUGGAGAACAGUGGCCUGGUGGGCUACGCCCAGGAGGUCCUCAAGGAGACAGACCAAUCCUGCUUCGUUCAGACGGCCAAGCAGCUGCACACCAGAAUUGCGAAAUCCACCGAGUCUCUGAGGACGUUCCACCCCGCGGCUGACCCCUCCUUUGAUGAGUUUGUGCUGGAAACUUCCAGAGAGGAGGCUAUGCUGAAGGAGCUAUGUUUUGGGGGAGUCCCCGAGCCUCCCAUCAUUGAUCUGUCCCGUAGUCACGUCUACAACGAGGGCUUGUUGUGCUGGCAGCUGGCUGAGGAUACCCUGGCCACAGACCACCAGGUGCUGGAGUACAGGAGGCUGGGCGCGGAGCAGGACGGCGACAGCCGCUGGCGCCUCACAGACAGGGUGUACGGCCCUAGCACAGUGGUGUGUGAUCUGGAGGCCGACAGCCUCUACUCGUUCCGAGUCCGCAGCUGCCGCAACUCCCUCUACAGCCCCUACAGCCCAGAGGUCACCUUCCACACACCACCUGCCCCAGCAUUUGGCUUCCUAUUCAACGACAAUUGCGGCUUCAGCUCGGAGCGUCUGGCGUUGAGCAGGCGCCGUGACUCUGUGGAGAGCAUGGCCGGCAUGGCCUUCCUGCUGGCUGCUGAGCGUGUGCAGACAGGCAGCUACAUGGGCCUGGACUACAUCAUCGGUGACACGGGCAUCUCUCAGGGCAGACACUACUGGGCCUUCCGCGUGGAGCCCCACUCCUACCUGGUCAAGGUGGGCGUGGCCUCUGAUUCCAAACUGCUGGAGUGGUUCCACAACCCCCGAGACACUAGUAGCCCCAGGUACGACCACGACAGUGGGCACGACAGUGGCAGCGAGGACACGUGCUAUGAUCUGUCCCAGCCAUUCACUCUGCUCACUGUGGGCAUGGGCAAAAUAUUCCUCCCCAAAGCUUCCGUCUCUGCCGGCAGCGACCACGGCGACCACAGCAACCGGGUGCUGCCUAUGCCACAGCGUAUCGGCGUGUGCCUAGACUACGAUGCGGGCCGGGUCUACUUCUAUGAUGCAGACACCAUGAGGUGCCUUUACGAGCGGCAGGUGGACUGCUCCGGUACCAUGUACCCUGCCUUUGGCCUCAUGGGUAGUGGCAAGGUUCAUCUAGAGGACUUCAUCACAGCAAAGCGGCUGUCGUAUAUGUGAGAUGCUGGGCCUUCCACACACACGGGUCUCUCCCGCUCAACACUUGCCUUUGCGUUCAUGUUGGUCUCUGCUUUCAGUCAGGUAUGUUUGUAAUGAUUUUGUUUUUGUCUGCAGUAUUUCAGCUGACUACUAUUAAUCCAGGUCUUUGUUUUUUUUUAAUGAACACCUAUUUAUGUAUCACUACUAAGUCCAGUAAAACGUAGCCAAGAGAAACCUGAAGAGCCUUGCAGCUACGUCUAUGCCUCUGUGCCUUUCACAAUAAAUAGAUAAUCUAACAAAUGAUAUGAUUUGUUUAACUGUGCACAACAGCAAGGCUAGUCAUCACUUACUUACAAGGGUGAGUGUGUGUGUAGGUCACAAGGACCCCUCGGUUGAGAAACAUCCCUACCAAAAAUGUGUAAUACAAAUCAUACCUAAUCAAUGUCCUUAGUCAAGAGUCUGUCAACACCAGUUUGUUACACUGCAUUUGAUUUGGACACAUGCUCAAAAAAUGUGCACUUUUUAUUUUUAAAGACUAGCACACUUUCUUGCACUUAAUGUCACUCACUACCUAACCACUCUGAACACUAUUUCAAUGCAGAACACAUUUAUCUGAAUCGUAACACUAAACAUCCACGUUCAGGGUGUAAUUCUAACGAGGUCUGUGUGUGCUACUCAGACGUAAAUCGGGCUUUGCUGUCAGUGGGAGACUUGUUGUCACGUGCGGAUCUCGACUUAAAAUUACACUCACGGAGAUUAGUUGUUGAUCACUAAAUUAUCACGUUAAUGAAUUUACCUUGCACUGCUGCCUCGGAUGCAGUUGUUCAAUAGCAGUGAAUGUUUUCUGUUUAGCACUGGGAAUUCUGUUUAGCACUGGGAAUUCUGUUUAGCACUGGGAAUUCUGUUUAGCACUGGGAAUGUGAAACUUCAAACACUACAGGUUCUCACUACACAAACUGUCCCACGGAACUCUACUACGAUGCGACUUCUUCCUGACACAUGUCAUGUUAGUGUACAGAACGUAGACAUUUGUUAUGCACGUUGACGAUUGGCUCUUGAGUAUCAGCUAGGACAACAAGGUUUUAGGGCAUACCAUGGGUCUGUUCAGCCGUGUGCAGCGUUUCAGAACCUUCCGAUUUUAAAAAUAUAUUGUGUAAACUGAUCAGAUGCUUUGUCCUCUAGAAAAGGGAGUCAUUUUGUCUCUAUACAUUUUCUAUUUCUGAAUGGUUACCCCUGCUGAACAGUGCCCCGGUCCCCUCUGGCUUCCUUACAUGGGUUUUUGGACAAUAUCUGUACAUAUGUUUUGUUUUCUUGAGGGUAAGGAUAAUCUGUUUUUCUCAGGUUUGUGGCCUAUCAGCCCUGGAAAACUAUACCUUUCUCCUCAACAGAAUUGUACUUUUCUUUGCGGCCUCCAUAAAUGCAUUAGUAAUUUACUGUACCCUAAUCUCAGCCUUUUAAGAUUGUUCAUAUAUCCAAUAAUAAACUGAAAUUAACUAUUUUAAAUGUUUACAUCAAUGUACAUAUCUAGUGGCAUUAUUUUUUUGGGGGGUAAAAUAAGUCCUAGAUCUGCAAUUUGUUUUCUUUUGAGUUUGUAUGUGCUGUGAAGUUUCUCAGCUUAAUCAAACUUGAGCAAUUUGGGAAAUUGGUGGAAAAUUGUAGUUGGAACUAGAUCAUGUCUGACUGAAUUUGUCAAGGGAGCAUUUUAAAUCUGGACGCCUCCUUUUCUGUGUUGUGAUGUUUUAGGUCCAUUUGAGUGUUGCGUAUCCUAGAAUUUGCUGCGUUAAUUGUUUUGCUUAUCUGAAUCAUGUACAUUUUAUUUUGAGGAACAACAAUCUGUAGUCUUAAUUUCAAAUCCUAGCUGCUUCAGAAUUGGUGCGCAUAAUUCUCUACCAUUCCUUUUAGGACACAACACUUCUACCUGUUCCUUUUUUAAAUGACUGUUGAAACACCUUUUAAAAAGUCUAUGCACUUAAUUAACAGGUUCGGGAUUGUGUUUAUCACAGAAUGUAUUAUUUACAGAACAAAUUGAAUGUCUCGUAGGUGCGUUUUUGUUCAUUUGCUUAUCUUGGGUCAAGUCACUAGUGGCCACAGGAGUUGUCUUUCACAGUAGAUAUUUGCUAUAGUGCUCGUCUUAUUCUAGCUACUGUACAUAUCCACUGCUGAUUGUAGAAAAAGGGAAUCCUAUGGUUUUCAGUAGUAGGUUAAACCAAAUGUUCUGCAGACACUCAGUCUAAUGGUUCAAGCUAGCACUUUAAACUGUAGCAUGUAUGCCUCGGCUGUGCAGGUCUGUGUGAAUUGUUGUGCAAUAUUACGUACACUGCAGGGAAUAGACCUGUUGUAUUCUCCUAUUGUAAGUAAUGGGAUAUGUGAUGUUCGCUUUCUGUGAGUGAUGCUUUGAUGUACAUUAAGCGUUAUCUGUCAUCAUUCUUAACGUAGUAUUUUAUUUGCUGUUUGGGAAUUUGUAUGAAAUAAACAAGUGUUUUAAAA